GUAACAGAUUUGAAUGAGGAACUUUCUUCCUUGUCUAUUUAAGGAAGCAAAAUUGCUUCUGUUGUUUUCAAUUUCUUGGCUUUCCCUAAUCAUAGUUUGAUGGAUGAUUAUGUAGCUAAUUUUCCUGAGGAUACAGUGAAUGAGAUUUUGUUGAGGUGUCCUGUCAAAUUGUUAUUGCGAUUCAAAUGUGCAUGCAAAAACUGGUACGCUCUUAUCAAAACCCCUAAAUUCAUUCAACAACACUUGAAGAAGAAUCGUAGCCCCUUACAACUCCUGAUUUAUGAUAUUGGUGACAUUGAUGAUGAUUCCUGUCCCAUGACUUUGAUUUCUGAAGAAAAUUCCCAAACGUUCCUAGGUAUGCAAGACCUCAUAGGUUAUGUGGACGGCUUGUUCUUAAUGUACGGACAAAUUAAUAGUGCUGCAUUGUGGAAUCCUGCUACUAGGGAGGUGAGAUCCCUUCAUCUCCCUUCACCCAUAAUCGAUUAUUCCCCUAACUUCGGUUUGGGAAUAGACCCCUUGACUAAUGAUUAUAAAGUUGUUUACUUUCUUCACUAUAAAGCAGCAGUCUAUUCGUGUCGUAGGGACUCAUGGAGAGUUUUCAAAAUUGAAGAUUUCGACAAACCACCCCCAUUUGACAAAGAGGUGAGACGCACAUAUGGUACUGCUUAUUUGAAUGGAAAUUAUUACUGGCUGCUAAUUAAUAACAAUAUCAGCACCAUUCUUUUAUUCAACUUUGGGAGAGAAAUGUUUGAAGAGAUUGAAGGGCCAGAUCCAGAUCCUAAAUCUCCUUAUGUUUAUGCAUUUGGUAUGAUGUUGCUUGAUGAUUCCAUUGCCAUCUUGAACAAGAAAAUGGUUGAAAAAUUUUAUUAUGAUAUAUGGGUAAUGAUCCAACCAGGGGUCUGGAACAAACUUAUUACCUUUCAAUGCUUCCCACAUUUUAUCUCUUGCUAUGAUAGCUCUCUCAUUUUGGUAACUAGAGCUUCUCGACUGUUCUCCUAUAAUAUUCGGACUAACAAGACAAGAUAUCUUGGAUUUCAACAUUCGUGCUUGAAAGAUGAUGCAGCAUUUGGUUAUAGUGGUUGUGGGGUUUUUUAUUAUAAGGAGAGCUUAAUAACAAUUAAACAACAAGAGGAUGGAGAGUUGGACCAUUAACUGAAGUGCCAAAGCGGAUGAGCUUAUAAGUAUUGUUUUAAUUAUGUAAUAUAUAUGUUCACUCAAUUUCAGAGUUUGCAUAAAGUGUUUGUAAUUGCAAUAUCUAUCACAUUUUCUCAUACAGUUAAUGCUAUUAUCCUCUACUUAUUCUGAAUGCUCAGUAUGUCAUGAACAAAGGUGACUCCGUAAAGACUUUGGGCUAAUUAUAUAUAGUUCAUGUCUAGAUGUAUAAAAUUUUCAUUGUCUCUGAUCAUAAGUUAUAGAUGUAGACUAGGCUAUCUCAUAUUCCUUCUAAGCCCAAUUAUGUAUUUCAAAUGAAUUAAAAAUGAACUUGAAUGAUGCCUUAAAGUUUCUCAAAUUGAUCAGUCAUCAUGCCUCAGUCCUUUACUGUUUGUUUGGAAUAUUAAAACCCAAAAGUUGA